AUGGGCAGAGAGGUGGACUUAUACAAGAACAAUAACCAGGAGUUCAACCUUGGGGACAGGUUGUUGGAGGAGAGGGGAGACACCCAUUGGUCUGUAAAUAUUUCCUCUGAAGCUUGGAGUCUGUUAUUGCAGAAAGUGAGUGUGAUUGCUACCACAGUUACCAGCUCUGCUGGAAGAAGAAAGUUGUUUGCCCAGAUAAAUAGCUUUAUUGCUGUUUUCAUUCUUGGUGGACAGCUAUCCUUGACGGGACGCAUUCUUACUAUUGCUGGGGUGACUACAGCUAUAUGUGCAACACCGUUUGUUGGCUUCGUAAAUUUAGUUACUCUGGCUGUCUGGCCAAAUUGGGUUGCGGUUGCCAUUUGUGAGACAUUGAGAAAGGUUGUUACAUAUGUUGUGACAAGGCCAGGAAGAGAACUUUUAUUUACCGUUGUUUCGGAGGAUGAGAAGUAUAAAGCCAAAGUAUGCAUAGAUGUCCUGGUUCAAAGACUUGGAGAUGCUGCAGCAGCUGGAAUGUACAAAAUGCUUUUUGGUACUCUCAACGGGAACCCAUCGACAGUUUCCCUUUAUGGCCUGCCUGUUUGUUUGUUGUGGAUAGUCUCAGCAUACUCUUUGGGUCGUCGGCAAGUUCAACUUUCCAAGCACCAGAUCUCAUCUACUUAAUCGAAUUUGUGAUUAAAUGUACAAUAUGUUAGUUAUUAAUAUUAUAUGGGAUACCACCAAUAGUAGAGACAGUCGAGCCUAAGAUAAUGAAAGCUAACAAGGCUGUGCUUUCCAAAGUUUUCAAUCAAUUCCUUUGGUGUUGGUAA